UACGAACCGGAACCUACCACAGUGAAAAAUAAACUUCUGGAAAAGCCACUUUACUAACUGCAGGAUUUUUACGAGGAUCCUCUUUUUGGGAGUCAAGCAUCUCCACAGCGUGAAUGACCAUGUAGGUUUUACUACUGUGAUCACAGAAUUCCGACACUCCCUAUCUAGAAAUUCCAGUCCUAGGCAACGACCUCAAAUAUCAAAUAUUGAAAAACAAUGUCUGACGACGAAGAAGUGCUGUAUGUGAAGAAACAAAAAACGAUUCAUUAUGGCUCGCUUGAAGAACAAGAGAGACAGCGCCUGGCAGCCAUUGCUGCUUCCGGCGGUUCUCAGUUGGAAGAGAGCAGCAACAGUCCUGGCAGUCCCGCUGGUGAUGCCUCUGGCAUGCCUGGAAAUGUGCACACCCAUGACGAGUAUAUGGAAUUGGAGGAUGAAAUAUCACGGGAUAAGCAAGCUCUUCUAGAGGAGUUCGAGAGGCGGAAAAAAGCGAGGCAGGUGAAUGUUUCGACAGAUGACUCUGAGGUCAAGAGGAAUCUACGUCAACUUGGAGAACCCAUCUGCUUGUUUGGGGAAGGGCCAGCCGAACGCCGAAGUAGGCUCAGGGAGCUACUUUCCAGGUUAGGAGAGGAUGCUAUCCAAAGGAAGCAGGAAGAAGAGGAAGAGAGACUACAACAAGAGAAAGAUCAGGAGACCACUUGGUAUCACGAAGGUCCCGAAUCGCUCAAAGAUGCCCGUUUGUGGAUUGCUAAUUACUCGUUACCACGAGCCAAGAAGAGGCUGGAGGCUGCUCGUCAGGAGGUGCAACUGGCUGAGGCCACCCUCACCGCUCGAAGGCAGGAGCUGCAAAAGCAUCUGACCGGCCUCUCCAUCUACUGCAGUCAGAUUGGAGACACGCGGCCGCUGUCCUAUUGCAACUUCAGCCCCGAUUCAAAGAUGCUCGCCACUGCCUCCUGGAGUGGCCUAUGCAAACUGUGGUCGAUCCCCAAUUGUGAGCUGCUGAAAACGUUCAAGGGUCACAACUGCAAUGUGGGUUGCAUCACGUUCAACCCGCUUGCACUCAGUGACCAGGAGUCCAUCUGCGCCCUCGCCUCUUGCGCCGUUGAUGGCUCUGUCAAGCUAUGGACACUCAACAGCGAAGAGCCGCUGGCGGACGUGGAAGGGCACGCACCGAACCGAGUAAGUCGGAUCGCAUUCCACCCGAGCGGUCGCUUCCUGGGCACCUGCUGCUUCGACUCGUCCUGGCGCCUGUGGGACCUGGCCGUCGGUCAGGAGGUCCUCCAUCAGGAAGGCCACACCAAGCCCGUCUACUGUCUCUCCUUUCAACAGGACGGCGCGCUCGCUGCUUCUGGAGGGCUGGAUUCGUUCGGACGAGUUUGGGACUUGAGAACAGGCCGCUGCAUUAUGUUCUUGGAAGGACAUUUGAAGUCCAUUUAUGGCAUUGACUUCUCGCCAGAUGGAUAUCACAUUGCCACUGGCAGCGAAGACAAUGCGUGCCGAGUUUGGGAUCUGCGGCGAAGAAAUUGCGUCUACACAAUUCCAGCUCACAUGAAUCUCAUCUCUGAUAUAAAGUACCAGCGAUCUGGCGGCCACUUCCUCAUUACCUCAUCCUACGACAACACUGCCAAGGUGUGGUCAAGUAAAACGUGGCAGCCAUUGAAGACUCUGUCCGGACAUGAUGGGAAAGUGAUGGGACUUGAUAUUUCUCCUGAUUCAAAGUUCAUUGCCACAUGCUCCUAUGAUAGAACUUUCAAAUUGUGGGCUCCGGAGUGACACUAUUGAAUUACUCAUCGCGUGAGACCAAACAGACUUUCUUAUUUCUAUUCAAUUUUAGACUUUUCUGUUGUAAUCGUUCGAAUUACCAUCGAAAUCGUUGAUCAUCGUAGGAAUACUCGUGAUUUAUUUUUAUUUCAUAUGUGAAAUAACUAAUCACAUUAUCAUUGAUUUACUUCCUAUCUGUGGUAACCGUCAGUGUUAUUGUGGUAAGUGAAGUAGAUUGAACACAUUUCGAUUUGUGGAAUUUGUAAAUAGAAUUUUUAUGCAACAGAAA